AUGACGCUUUUCAACUGCGACGACAUCUGCCCGCUCAGUCGACGGCACGUCCUGAAGCGGGUCCAAUGCCCUCCCACCAUGCGUCCCGUGACAUACGCGAACGCGGGGUCGGCUCCUUUCGUCAGCCAUUACGUUUCUUAUCCUUUGCAUACUGCUUUCAACAUGACUCCUCAGAAAGCUUCACCGUCAACUAGCCCCGUGUGCAGUAGCAACUACGUGGAGGAGAUGGCUGGGCUGGGCGUGAAUGCCGGUGUCUGCCCACCGCUAGCUUGCUUGACUGGCGCCCCUCGACGCGUGCAGGAGCCAGUACAAAAAUACGCGUGCACUACCCCUUUUUCGCUACCCCCAGAGGACAUUGUGUAUGUCAGUGCACCCUAUUCAGCAGGCGACGCCGGCAAGCUCGCUGAGCCCCGUUCUUUGCUGAAGGUGCCUGAACCAGGGACGCAGUGUCGCGGCAACUUUAAGGACGAACUGCCACAACCAAGAGCAGUAACGUCUCCAGCUGGUGUAGCUUCCCGUGAAACUGGCGGAACUCACCAACACGAAUUGCAGCAGGAAGUCAAACGGCUUCAGGCGAUGCUUAACGCUCGAGAGAAUCAACUGGAUCUGAAGGAAGCAGAGUUGCAGGAUGCGCUGUCGAGAUUGCAGUCUCAGCGCAAACGAGGAGAUCACGAACAGCAAUCGGAGGGCGACGACAUUGACAAGACCGCUUUUCAAGAGAAAGAGGCCGAGCUCAAGACCAUGCGAAAACGAGUUGAAGUGCUACGUCGUGAACGACAGGACUUGAUGGAGUUGCUUCUGCAGAAGGAGCGGCAGACCGCUAUACUUGAAGGUGUCGACCCGUCUACGAAAGAAGCGUCGGCUCUGCAACUAGGCGUCCAGGCAAUUUCUAUGGUUCAGGGGGCUUCUGAGCUGCGGGGGAAGCUAGAACUUGCAGAGGCAGAGAUCAAAAAGCUGCGUGCAGAUCGAGAGGCAGUCGAGGAGUUGCAGCAAGACACCUUUGAGAAGCUCACGGAUAAGCGCAAGGAGGCAGCAGAGCUCCUUGAGCUGCUUUCACAGCGUGAUAUGAAAGUAGCCCGCAUCGAGGCGUAUUUACAACAGAAGACAAGGGAGCUUGAAGUCCUAGCAGCCCGUUCAAAGGAACAUUUGCAAAAGGAGCAAAGCAAGAGGGAAGAGGCUGAGCAAGAGUACCGUGUGGCGGCUGAGCAGUGCAAUGCGUUCAAAGCCACCUUGGCAAACCGAGAUGAAAAGCUCAUGCAGCUCCAGGCGGAAGUGGUGCGCCGGGACACCCUAUUAAAGCAACUGGAAGAACGAGUACGUGUUCUGAGUGAUGACCUUACGGGGGCUCACUCCCAGUUGCAGCAGGUACUAAAGGCCAUGGCUGCAAAAGACGCAUACAUGCAAGAACUCGAAGCACAACUGCGGAAGAACGAUACUGAGCGUCAGCUAGCCUAUUUAACGGAGGUGUCAAAGAGCCGUAAACUAGCUGUUGAAACCCGUAUUCAGCAGGAGCUGUGUAGGGCCGCCUUAAAUGACAAGCGUGAGAAGUUGGCAGCAGCGAAACAAGAUUUAUUUCGGAGUGAAUCGGCGAUGGAAAGAAUACGCAAAGCAAUCGGAGCAGCUCAGACGACCGAAAAUUGUUAUGUGCGGUCGGCGGCGCUGCAAUCACCUGAGUUGCACAGUCACUCAACUGCGCCAUUGCACGUCUCUCCUGCAGUCAGCGCGAUCCCAUCAGUUCCAGUAGAGCACAGUCUUCGCACCAUGGACGCCGACUUCGUAGCUUGCCAACAUUCUCCCUCAAACCCUCCGCCGGUUGCAUCUUCAUUAAACCAGCUGCACGAGGCUUCGGUGAAAGCUGCAAAUGCCAACGAGUUCCAGACUACCUCAAGGCCGCCCAUGUCUACGUCCAAGGCUAUAUCAUCAUCGGCAUCAAGAACCUCAACUGCAGGCUACGGCCUACAGUCCGAGCAUUUCUGCCCACCGUAUUCUGCCGUUCAAGAAGAUCCGCUGGAUCGGGCAGUCGCACAUGUGUGCGAAAGUCCAGAAUAUCGAUCUAUUGCUCCUCAUAUAUGCAGGCUUGGCCCGGGCACGUAUCUUUGUUGUAUGAGCGAAGUUUCAAUGGAGCUCGAGCCCGACGGCAGUGUGAUGGUACUGCAGUCUGGCAUGAAGAAGUUACCCAUAAGAGCUUACCUCGACACGUUGCGAUCUACCGUAGACGCAGGCCUACGAACACCGGCACCAUCGCCAUCUACAUCAGGCGCUGCAACGGCUACCGCUCAUUCGAAGGCAAAGAAUGGCAACUAG